AUGGCUGACUUUACCGAAUAUGGCAAUGCUUCUGCAGAAUGGCUUGCAGUAGUAGACAGCAGGCCACCCAUGGACCCCUCUCUCAGCCUCAAGGAAAUGCAGCGCAUCACCAACAUGCACCGAGAAAACCUCGCAAAGGCUGAACUGGAGAAGUUGGGAAACCCAGAAAUCCACAUGAAAGAUUACACUGUCACCGCACGAGACGGGUUUGCUCUAGAGGUCCGAACUUAUAGACCACCGACAGCCGACAAGGACGCCCGUCUUCCGAUUUACAUCCACCUCCACGGUGGUGGCUAUGUUUUUGGAAAUAUUCCUUCAGAAGACGCUAUCUGUACUGCUAUUGCUCUCGGAGCCAAUGUCACUGUUGUGAACCUCAACUAUCGUCACGCGCCGGACUUUGCGUACCCAACAGCGUGGGACGAUACUGAGGAUACCUUCCACUGGGUCCACGACAACAUUGACGAACUCCUCGGCAACCCAAAGCAAAUCCUGGUCGGCGGCAUCUCCGCCGGUGCUCAACUCUCAGCUGCCUUGACGUUGCGACAGAACAUGUCUGCAGACGGUCUUGCACGACCAAAGCUUGCGGGUCAAGUUCUGAUGAUUCCGGCUCUUGUUCAUCCGGACUCCUACGCACCUAUCCUUGAACAGCUCAAGGAUCCUUCAGUAUCAUCCUUUGUCCAAAAUGUGGAUGCUCCACUACUCAACAAGGCGGCGGUGGACAAGUUCACCAGCCUAUUAAAAGUUUCGAACCCAGAUCCCAAGGAUAGGCGGUUAAACAUUGGACUUGCGUCUAUUGAUGAGGUCAAGGGCAUGCCACCUACGACACUUGGAAUCUCUGGCUUGGAUUGUUUCAGAGAUGAAGCUCUUUUCUAUGGAAAGAAGCUUGCUGAGGCAGGAGUACCUACCGAUAUCCACGUCUUCAAGGGUCUUCCCCAUGGAUUCCGUCGCUUUGGAGAUCAGUUAUCUGAGAGCAAGAGAUGGGAUAAGGUCAUGGAGGAUGGAAUCAAGUGGGCUAUUUCUAAUCCUGAGCCAACUGGAAAGUUUGAGAUUAAGCUUGAGUAG